AAAUCCCGGGAUUUGGGGCUGGGAAGGAUGCAGCGGAGGAGGAGCCGACACACGCCGCUUCAGAAGCACCAGCCGCCGUUCCGGGCGCCCCGCACACGCCCCGGGCCCCGCCGGCUCCCGGUUCCGGGGCGGUUCCGGGGCGGUCCCGGCCCGCGGCCCCGCCCGCCGCGGCGUUCCCGGCGUGCCCCGCGCGCGAUGGCGGCGCCCGCGCUGUGCCGGCGCUGCGGGCGGGCGGCGGGGCCGUGGGGCCUGCGCCGGGCCCCGCUCCCGCCGCACCCCCGCCGCCGGGCCCACGAGCAGGCGCGGCGGGCGCGGGGCGCGGCAGGGCUGCUGGCGGCGCAGUGCGAGCGCGGGCUGUUCCAGGAGGUGUUCCCGGCGCAGAGCGCGGAGGAGCAGCUGCCGGCGCUGCUGCAGCCGGGCCGGCCGCCGCUGGCCGCCUACUGCGGCUUCGACCCCACGGCGGACUCGCUGCACGUGGGGCACCUGCUGCCCGUCAUGGCGCUGCUGCACUUCCAGCGCGCGGGCCACGACGUCAUCGCCGUGGUGGGCGGGGCCACGGCGCGGCUGGGGGACCCCAGCGGGCGGGAGCGCGCGCGGGAGGCGCUGCCGGCGGGGCGGGUGCGCGCACAGGCGCGGGCGCUGCGCGCGGGGCUGGAGCGGCUGUUCGGGAACCACCGGGAGCUGUUCUGGGAGCCGGGAGCCGGCAGGCUCGGCCGCGCCACCCUGCUGGACAACGCCCGCUGGCUCGGCCGGGAGCCGCUGCUCCGCUUCCUGGGCGGCGCGGGCGGCCGCCUCCGCAUGGGCACGCUGCUGAGCCGGCAGAGCUGCCAGGCGCGGCUGCACAGCGCCGAGGGCAUGAGCCUGGCCGAAUUCCUGUAUCCCGCGCUGCAGGCGUACGACUUCCUGCACCUCCACCGGCACCACGGCUGCCGCAUCCAGCUGGGCGGCCACGACCAGAUGGGAAACAUCAUGUCCGGAUACGAGCUCGUCACCAAGAUGACAGGAGCAGAUGUGUUUGGAAUUACUGUACCUCUUAUUACCAGUACUUCUGGUGAUAAACUGGGAAAGACUGCUGGAAAUGCAGUUUGGCUCAACAGGGAUAAGACCUCUCCAUUUGAGCUGUAUCAGUUUUUUGUCAGACAGCAAGAUAACAUAGUUGAAAAAUACUUGAAACUAUUCACCUUCCUCCCUCUUGCGGAGAUUGCCCACAUCAUGGAAAUGCAUGCUAAAGAACCGGAGAAAUGGGGACCUCAGAAACGACUGGCUGCAGAAGUAACUAAGCUUGUCCAUGGUAGAGAGGGGCUGGAAUCUGCUAAGAGGUGCACUAAGGCCCUUUAUUACAGCAGUGUGGAGGCACUGGAAGAAAUGUCUGACCAAGAGCUACAGGAACUUUUCAGACAAACUACUUCUGCUGAACUGAUGCUUGAACCUGGGAUGACUGUUCUUGACUUGUGUCGCAAAGCAAAUGCCAUUCCAGAUGGACCUAGUGGGUACCGGAAAAUUACAGAUGGAGGAGUUUCAAUAAAUGGGAAUCGUGUAACUAAUCCUGAGACUGUUCUUAUUCUGGGACAGCAUAUUCUGAAGAAUGGAGUAUCAUUACUUAGGGUUGGCAAGAAAAAUUACUACAUUAUAAAAUGGCUGCAGUUAUGACAACAGAAUAUCUCCCUAAAAUGAUGGGUCUCUUAACUGUGCUGCUUGAAGAUGUACUUGAAGAUAUUUCUGUACUGUGCGUUACUACACAGCUCACAGACUGCCCGAUGCGUCUUUUUCAAAGUGCAUCAGAGUUCAAAUAAAGGAGUUAAACCACUGAAGACAUUGUAGAUACUCUGCCUUAUUCAAAGCACCACUCAUAAGGAUCUGCAUAAGAAGAAAAUGAAAAUAUUUAUUUCAAAGCCCAGCAAUGGAGAUGUACUUCUACUCCUUUAACAGCCCUCUGUGUUGUAGAACAGUGCCCAGUUAUUCCACAGGAUAACCCACAGGAAAAUGAGCCAAAGCAAACUCAAACCCACUCCUUCUUACAGCUAAUGUUUGUUCAUCUAACCAAGAAGCCUUGCUGGGGGCAAAGACAACCAGCCUAUGGUCAUGUUUACCUGAACAGGUUUGCUUUGAAGGAAGCUGCAUAAAAUUCAUAAUAAAGGACUAAAUGAUAAA